AUGGCUAAGAAUCAACAAUUACGCACAGAAUUCAGAAAUCUAGAGAGGCAGUUUGGGCAAAUGGCUAACAAUCAGAAUAUUAGCCCUGCUGGAGCUCUUCCAAGUGAUAUAGAAGAAAAUCCUCAAGUUAAUGCAGUGACGUUGAGAAAUGGGAGAGAGUUGGUAGAAGUGCCUAAGAAGAAAAAGGAGCAAUCUGGGCUCGAAGAAGAAAGAGUGCCAAAACCUAUAGAGGUAGAUGAGAGAAACAAAACAGAUCCUGAGCAAAAAUCAGAGAGGGUGCCACCCCCUUUUCCUCAAAGAUUGAGAAAGAAGAAUGAUGACCACAUGUUUCACAAAUUCCUAGAUAUGCUGAAGCAGAUGCAUUUGAACAUCCCUUUGGUGGAUAUGCUCCGUGAGGUCCCAAAAUAUGCAAAAUAUAUUAAGGACAUAGUGGCAAAUAAAAGGAGGAUUCAACAUAAGCUUCCACAAAAGCUUAAGGAUCCGGGUAGUUUUACCAUCCCCGUGAGGAUUGGUGAAUUUGAUGUGGGUAGAGCCCUGUGUGAUUUGGAUGCAAGUAUCAAUCUGAUGCCAUUGUCAGUGUUCAAACAAUCGGGCUUAGGAGCUCCGAGACCCACCACAGUGAUGUUACAGUUAGCUGAUACGUCUUAUGUUUAUCCUGAAGGGGUAAUUGAGGACGUCUUGCUGCAGAUUGGGAAGUUUAUUUUUCCUGCAUCUUUUAUCAUCCUAGAUUACGUGGCUGAUGAGUUGGUCACUAUAAUCUUGGGACGACUUCUUUUAGCCACUGCAGAUGCAAUUAUCAAAGUCCGAAAAGGUAAGAUGAUCCUGAGGGUAGACAAUGAAGAAGCAGUCUUUAAUGUAUAUCGAGCCAUUCAGUUGCCUCUUCAUUACGAGGACCUGGCCAUGAUUUCGAUUGUGGAGAUAAAUAUAACCGCAGAUCCAAGGGUGUUUAAAGAAGAUGCACUAGAAAAGGCAUUGAAGUUGUUCAAUCACUUAGAACUUGAAGAAGAGGUUGAGGAGAUGUUGCACAUUCUGGAUGCAUCAUGCGAAUACAUAAGAUAA